AUGGCUACGACUGGCAGCGUCAGCCCAAAGUCCCUCCGCGUCGGCGUCUUGGGCGCAGGCCGCAUUGGCAAAAUCCACACCCAAAUCCUGUCGCGUUUGGGUGUGACCAUCGUAUCGAUUGCCGACCCAGGUGCUGACCGAGCCAAGGCGUUGGCCGACGAGUUUGGCGUGCCCAACUUCACUACAGAUCCCAACGAGAUUUUCAAGGACCCGACCAUCCAUGCAGUGCUCAUUUGCUCGCCGACGGACCACCACGCUCAUCAGAUUCACCUCGCUGCCCAGCACCACAAGCACAUCUUCUGCGAGAAGCCCAUUGCUUUGGACCUGGCUGUCGUUGACGCCGCCGUGAAAGCGGUGGAAGAUGCGAACGUGAAAAUGAUGGUGGGCUUCAACCGCCGAUUCGACGCCAACUUUCAACGUGUCCGCCGCGCUGUCAUUGACGGCGAAGUCGGGGACGUGUCCAUGAUUCGCAUCACGAGUCGCGAUCCGAGCCCACCCCCCGUAAGCUACAUUAAAGUGUCGGGCGGCAUGUUCUGCGACAUGACCAUUCACGACUUUGACAUGGCUCGCUUUCUCGUCGGAUCUGAAAUCGAUCAAGUGUAUGUGCUGGGCAAAGCUCGCGACGCCGAGAUUGGUGCUGCAGGGGACGUGGAUGUGGCAGUCGUGUGCUUGCAAUUCGCGAACGGAGUUAUUGGUUACAUUGAAAACAGUCGUGUCGCUGCGUACGGGUACGACCAGCGCGUUGAAGUCCUUGGUUCGAAAGGUGCCGUGUCGUGCGAAAACAAUUACCCAAACUCGGUAAGCGAGCCCCCCUGCACAGACCAUUGACUGCAUUUAGGUCACAGUGUCAACGGCGUCUUCGAUUGCACGAGACCUGCCACUCCACUUUUUCAUCGACCGAUACAUGGACGCAUACCGCGAUGAGUUGAUCGCGUUCGUGGACGUGUGCUUGAACCCUGCGUCGGUCCCUCCAGUGUCGGGCCAAGACGGGCGUCAAGCACUCAAGCUCGGGUUGGCCGCCAACAUCUCGCUCAAGGAGAACCGUCCGGUGAAACUCAGCGAGCUCCGCUCGGGUUACCCCACUGGGCGGCUGUAACCCAUCGGCCGAGGAACUGUUGAAGCUCAAAUCAUCCCAACCCCUCAACCAAAGCGACCUUUCGCAAAAGAUCGCCAUUAUCCGGAUAACUUGAAUACCGCGUUCCCUGUCAC